GAUUCGGUUCAAAGUAGAAGCGAAGUGGUGGUAAUGCCACUUUUAUUAUUCAUAUUGGUCUGCUGCUAACUAAUUCUGCUUCAAAUUUUAAAACGAUUCUACUAACUGUGUAACUGUUCGAUGUCUCACUAAAACUUCAAUUUUAUCACGAACACUUAUGUCGCAUCAAGUCUCCUGGCGAUUCAUCGGACACAUUUCACCUGUGCAGAGGAUUAAAUAUGUUUCGAUAAAGAAAGGAAGACGAAAUUUGCAGUAUGAAAUGAUAUCAUUCUAAUUCACAGGUUCUCAUCAGCUGCAGACUACCUGAAAUUACAAUGGUUAUAUAAAUGAUAAUAACAUACUUUAAUGUUUGAGUAGUAGCAGAGAAGAGAGAAAAUUGACACACCCGAAAAAGAAUGAAAGCAUUACAAUUUUUAGUUUAAGAUAUCAUCAUCAAUUUAUACACUUUCAAAGUCGAAAACAGGAAGGAGGGGUAAGACAGAAAACAGAAAAAUUGAUUAACAGAAACAGUGUUAGCUUGUAGGUUCACAUAGAAACUCCAAAAACAAAGGCGGUUACAGUUUAUGAGAAGUAACUUAUUUCGACGUGGUAGACCAGCUGUAGAUAUUUUGAUCUUGUUCCUUAUACUGCCCAUGGGUUUUUUAAAAUACCUCAAAUAGGCCUGUUCAUUUUAAGAUUGACUCAUAAGGAUAUUCAAAUCUGAAUGAAAUCUUGAACUGCAAUGUCAAUGGCGGUUCCAUAUUUCAAAUAUAACGUCGAAAGAGAAAAGACUUGGUAACGGACUCUUAUUAGGCAUAUUUCAACAUGGAUAGCCACAGUUCAUCUCAGUCCGUUCAGCGGAUAUGUGGUGAUGCGAUGAGCAACCACUCCAAAAAACAGAAAAUUAAGAAUAAUUACGGAUGUAGUUGACGUCAUUAUUUUUAUGUUUGUAUGUAUUUCUUACAUUUCAUAAUUUUAAAGUACAUCGUAUCAAGUUUUAUAUUUUUGAGUUGAUAUUUUAUCUAAACGUUUUGUCUGGAAGUUUGGAUCAAAGUUUCGAAGAAUGAGAUGAAUAUAUAUGAGCACGAGCACUUUAUUCGAAUAUCACUAAUCUGACGUUAAGUUUUAAAUCAUAUUUUAUUCACUAGUCAGAGAAAUAUUUUAAGAUGAAGUUGUCGCACACUGAAGCAGUCAUUUGCAUAGCAAUUCUUUUCGUCAUCACUUUAAUACUGUGCCUCAAAUACAGCAGAAACUGGAGAAUUGAAAUAAUAUUCCUCGCAAUAGUGCUUUUACUAUGGUCGGCAGAAGUCUGCUUGGUAGAUUGCAAAGGCAUUAGUUUAAAGUGUUCAUACCUAUUUAUGUUCACUAUUCUGGAAGAUUUAUUGAUGAUUAUUUUAUUCUUCAUGAGAAGAAGAUUGAAAAUAAUUGUGGCUGUCGUACUGGCGGUUAUAUCGAUAAUUUGUGCAGUUAUUGCGGUAGUUUUGACGUUAAUACCUUGGUAUUUUGAGGACCUCUACAAAAUGCUGGUGGGCGCCUUCCUCAACACUUCCAUGUGUUUGAUGUUUUUGGUUGUUUUGAACCAACUCAAAUCAGUCUGAUAUCAUACGUCCACGUGACAAAGUGUAUUGCUAACAUAUUUGCCUGAUGUGGGAUUUUUGUUUACUCGG